GUCCCUGUACGCGUGUGUGAUGGUUGUGAGCGCGCUAGGCAUACAUUAUCUCUGGCACGCGCGAUAAGCAUUGUACUGUAUAAAACUCGCGUCGAAGUUCGCCGGUUGCUUCAAUUGUCGUUCGGUGCUGACACGCGUAGGAGGUCCCAUACGUAGCUGCGUUGAAAAGCAGAUCAAAUCAGUUAAAUUAUUCACCAAGUGCAUUUAGAGUGAGCAGCAGCAUGGCAUCGAAGGUUCCAUUUGUGACGCUUAACAACGGGCAAAAGAUGCCCAUGCUCGGUCUGGGAACUUGGGGCUCUCCUCCUGGCGAGGUUGCUCAGGCAGUAAAGGAUGCCAUCGAUAUCGGUUACCGGCAUAUCGAUUGUGCCCACGUGUACCAGAACGAGCAUGAGGUGGGCGAAGGUGUGAAGGCCAAAAUCGACGAGGGAGUCGUAAAGCGUGAGGAUCUUUUCAUUACCAGCAAGCUGUGGAACACUUUCCACAGCCCGGAUCUGGUCGAGGGCGCCUGUAGAACAACGCUGAAGAACCUCGGUCUGGAGUAUAUCGAUCUGUAUCUGAUUCACUGGCCGAUGGGAUACCGCGAGGGAGGCGAACUGUUCCCGCAGGACGCGAACGGUAAAACGGCUUACUCCGAUGUGGAUUAUGUUGAUACGUACAAAGCGAUGGAGAAACUGGUCGGGCUCGGUUUGACGAAAAGCAUCGGCAUUUCCAACUGUAACGCGAAGCAAGUCGAACGCGUUCUAGCGGUGGCAACUAUUAAGCCUGUAACCAACCAGGUCGAAUGCCAUCCGUACCUGACGCAGAGCAAACUGUCCCCGUUCUGUACCGAGCGCGGAAUGGUAAUUACUGCCUACAGUCCGCUUGGUUCACCGAACCGUCCCUGGGCAAAGCCGGACGAUCCGCAGCUGAUGGAGGAUUCAAAGAUUGUCGAACUGGCGAAAAAGUACAGCAAAACGCCUGCCCAAAUUCUUAUCCGCUACCAGAUUCAGCGUGGUCAUGUGGUUAUUCCGAAGUCGGUAACGAAGUCACGCAUCGCGUCCAACUUUGAGGUGUUCGAUUUCGAGCUGACCAAGGACGAUGUGGCGCUGAUCGAUACGUUCGACUGCAAUGGACGUUUGGUACCGAUCUCGAGUGCUGCUGGACAUCCCCAUCAUCCAUUUGAGAACGAUGAGUAUUAAAUUGUUGGAUUAUUUACAUACAUGCGAAAAACAUGCUUAAAUGCUUUAAUAAAGAACAUAUAAAGCAUGAA